GAACAAGACAGACUAAAUCUGGAUCAAAUGGCUGACAGGAUGAAGAAAGACAAACAGGACAUGGAGGUACUGAUGGAUGACAUCCACAAGCAAACUGUCUUGAUGGAACAAGGAAAGAAGAGAUCAAAGAGGAAAAGGACCAGAUGGAAAAGACAAGAAGUGAGCUCCAAACAAAGACAGAACAUGUCAACAGUUUGUUGGAUGAGAUCAACAGGGAGAAAGCUACCCUCAAGGAGCUGUCCCUCCAGGUUCAAUCAGAACGACAAAGACUUGAUGCUGUGGUGAAGGAGAUUUUCUUGAAAGAAAAAGCGCUGGAUGAUCAGCUCAGGGAGGCCAGCAGACAGACCCAAGAGCUGCAAACCAUGAAGAACAAGGUGCUUGCAGAAAGAGAUGAACUCCAAACUCUGAGGAACAAUGUUGCCUGGAAGAACCAAGAGGCGGAAGCUGCCCAGAAAGCCAUCAAUGAAGAGAAAGAAGAGCUGAGCCAGAAGAAAUCUGACAUUGAUCAAGAAAUACAAAAGCUUCUGAAUGACAGAGACCAACUGGAAGAACAAGGAGCUGAGCUCCAGAGGAGAGAGAAUCAAGUCAGGAAUGAAAUGCAGUCAGUCCAGACGAUGAUAUUGACACUUCAGCGUCUGGGCAAGAAGACAUUGGAGGAUGUGAAGAAGAAAAUGGACAAUUUGAACCAGGACAUGGACAAAACUUUACGUUUGCAGAAUGAAUUGGAACAACAGAUCGCAGAUGCUGAUGGCAAGAAAAUACUUGUGGAGAACUACAAUGAAAUCAUAAAGAGCCUCAGGGAAGAUUUGGCAAAUGUCUCCUCAAGGAUUUUGACCGAAGGAGACGAUGCAACCAGUCAAAGGACACAACAGGUUGACUUGGAAAAGCAAGAUCUAGAGAUGCAAAGAGUACAGCUUGAACAAGACAGACUAAAUCUGGAUCAAAUGGCUGACAGGAUGAAGAAAGACAAACAGGACAUGGAGGUACUGAUGGAUGACAUCCACAAGCAAACUGUCUUGAUGGAACAAGAGAAAGAAGAGAUCAAAGAGGAAAAGGACCAGAUGGAAAAGACAAGAAGUGAGCUCCAAACAAAGACAGAACAUGUCAACAGUUUGUUGGAUGAGAUCAACAGGGAGAAAGCUACCCUCAAGGAGCUGUCCCUCCAGGUUCAAUCAGAACGACAACGACUUGAUGCUGUGGUGAAGGAGAUUUUCUUGAAAGAAAAAGCGCUGGAUGAUCAGCUCAGGGAGGCCAGCAGACAGACCCAAGAGCUGCAAACCAUGAAGAACAAGGUGCUUGCAGAAAGAGAUGAACUCCAAACUCUGAGGAACAAUGUUGCCUGGAAGAACCAAGAGGCGGAAGCUGCCCAGAAAGCCAUCAAUGAAGAGAAAGAAGAGCUGAGCCAGAAGAAAUCUGACAUUGAUCAAGAAAUACAAAAGCUUCUGAAUGACAGAGACCAACUGGAAGAACAAGGAGCUGAGCUCCAGAGGAGAGAGAAUCAAGUCAGGAAUGAAAUGCAGUCAGUCCAGACGAUGAUAUUGACACUACAGCGUCUGGGCAAGAAGACAUUGGAGGAUGUGAAGAAGAAAAUGGACAAUUUGAACCAGGACAUGGACAAAACUUUACGUUUGCAGAAUGAAUUGGAACAACAGAUUGCAGAUGCUGAUGGCAAGAAAAUACUUGUGGAGAACUACAAUGAAAUCAUAAAGAGCCUCUGGGAAGAUUUGGCAAAUGUCUCCUCAAGGAUUUUGACCGAAGGAGACGAUGCAACCAGUCAAAGGACACAACAGGUUGACUUGGAAAAGCAAGAUCUAGAGAUGCAAAGAGUACAGCUUGAACAAGACAGACUAAAUCUGGAUCAAAUGGCUGACAGGAUGAAGAAAGACAAACAGGACAUGGAGGUACUGAUGGAUGACAUCCACAAGCAAACUGUCUUGAUGGAACAAGAAAAAGAAGAGAUCAAAGAGGAAAAGGACCAGAUGGAAAAGACAAGAAGUGAGCUCCAAACAAAGACAGAACAUGUCAACAGUUUGUUGGAUGAGAUCAACAGGGAGAAAGCUACCCUCAAGGAGCUGUCCCUCCAGGUUCAAUCAGAACGACAAAGACUUGAUGCUGUGGUGAAGGAGAUUUUCUUGAAAGAAAAAGCGCUGGAUGAUCAGCUCAGGGAGGCCAGCAGACAGACCCAAGAGCUGCAAACCAUGAAGAACAAGGUGCUUGCAGAAAGAGAUGAACUCCAAACUCUGAGGAACAAUGUUGCCUGGAAGAACCAAGAGGCGGAAGCUGCCCAGAAAGCCAUCAAUGAAGAGAAAGAAGAGCUGAGCCAGAAGAAAUCUGACAUUGAUCAAGAAAUACAAAAGCUUCUGAAUGACAGAGACCAACUGGAAGAACAAGGAGCUGAGCUCCAGAGGAGAGAGAAUCAAGUCAGGAAUGAAAUGCAGUCAGUCCAGACGAUGAUAUUGACACUACAGCGUCUGGGCAAGAAGACAUUGGAGGAUGUGAAGAAGAAAAUGGACAAUUUGAACCAGGACAUGGACAAAACUUUACGUUUGCAGAAUGAAUUGGAACAACAGAUCGCAGAUGCUGAUGGCAAGAAAAUACUUGUGGAGAACUACAAUGAAAUCAUAAAGAGCCUCUGGGAAGAUUUGGCAAAUGUCUCCUCAAGGAUUUUGACCGAAGGAGACGAUGCAACCAGUCAAAGGACACAACAGGUUGACUUGGAAAAGCAAGAUCUAGAGAUGCAAAGAGUACAGCUUGAACAAGACAGACUAAAUCUGGAUCAAAUGGCUGACAGGAUGAAGAAAGACAAACAGGACAUGGAGGUACUGAUGGAUGACAUCCACAAGCAAACUGUCUUGAUGGAACAAGAGAAAGAAGAGAUCAAAGAGGAAAAGGACCAGAUGGAAAAGACAAGAAGUGAGCUCCAAACAAAGACAGAACAUGUCAACAGUUUGUUGGAUGAGAUCAACAGGGAGAAAGCUACCCUCAAGGAGCUGUCCCUCCAGGUUCAAUCAGAACGACAAAGACUUGAUGCUGUGGUGAAGGAGAUUUUCUUGAAAGAAAAAGCGCUGGAUGAUCAGCUCAGGGAGGCCAGCAGACAGACCCAAGAGCUGCAAACCAUGAAGAACAAGGUGCUUGCAGAAAGAGAUGAACUCCAAACUCUGAGGAACAAUGUUGCCUGGAAGAACCAAGAGGCGGAAGCUGCCCAGAAAGCCAUCAAUGAAGAGAAAGAAGAGCUGAGCCAGAAGAAAUCUGACAUUGAUCAAGAAAUACAAAAGCUUCUGAAUGACAGAGACCAACUGGAAGAACAAGGAGCUGAGCUCCAGAGGAGAGAGAAUCAAGUCAGGAAUGAAAUGCAGUCAGUCCAGACGAUGAUAUUGACACUUCAGCGUCUGGGCAAGAAGACAUUGGAGGAUGUGAAGAAGAAAAUGGACAAUUUGAACCAGGACAUGGACAAAACUUUACGUUUGCAGAAUGAAUUGGAACAACAGAUCGCAGAUGCUGAUGGCAAGAAAAUACUUGUGGAGAACUACAAUGAAAUCAUAAAGAGCCUCUGGGAAGAUUUGGCAAAUGUCUCCUCAAGGAUUUUGACCGAAGGAGACGAUGCAACCAGUCAAAGGACACAACAGGUUGACUUGGAAAAGCAAGAUCUAGAGAUGCAAAGAGUACAGCUUGAACAAGACAGACUAAAUCUGGAUCAAAUGGCUGACAGGAUGAAGAAAGACAAACAGGACAUGGAGGUACUGAUGGAUGACAUCCACAAGCAAACUGUCUUGAUGGAACAAGAGAAAGAAGAGAUCAAAGAGGAAAAGGACCAGAUGGAAAAGACAAGAAGUGAGCUCCAAACAAAGACAGAACAUGUCAACAGUUUGUUGGAUGAGAUCAACAGGGAGAAAGCUACCCUCAAGGAGCUGUCCCUCCAGGUUCAAUCAGAACGACAAAGACUUGAUGCUGUGGUGAAGGAGAUUUUCUUGAAAGAAAAAGCGCUGGAUGAUCAGCUCAGGGAGGCCAGCAGACAGACCCAAGAGCUGCAAACCAUGAAGAACAAGGUGCUUGCAGAAAGAGAUGAACUCCAAACUCUGAGGAACAAUGUUGCCUGGAAGAACCAAGAGGCGGAAGCUGCCCAGAAAGCCAUCAAUGAAGAGAAAGAAGAGCUGAGCCAGAAGAAAUCUGACAUUGAUCAAGAAAUACAAAAGCUUCUGAAUGACAGAGACCAACUGGAAGAACAAGGAGCUGAGCUCCAGAGGAGAGAGAAUCAAGUCAGGAAUGAAAUGCAGUCAGUCCAGACGAUGAUAUUGACACUACAGCGUCUGGGCAAGAAGACAUUGGAGGAUGUGAAGAAGAAAAUGGACAAUUUGAACCAGGACAUGGACAAAACUUUACGUUUGCAGAAUGAAUUGGAACAACAGAUCGCAGAUGCUGAUGGCAAGAAAAUACUUGUGGAGAACUACAAUGAAAUCAUAAAGAGCCUCUGGGAAGAUUUGGCAAAUGUCUCCUCAAGGAUUUUGACCGAAGGAGACGAUGCAACCAGUCAAAGGACACAACAGGUUGACUUGGAAAAGCAAGAUCUAGAGAUGCAAAGAGUACAGCUUGAACAAGACAGACUAAAUCUGGAUCAAAUGGCUGACAGGAUGAAGAAAGACAAACAGGACAUGGAGGUACUGAUGGAUGACAUCCACAAGCAAACUGUCUUGAUGGAACAAGAGAAAGAAGAGAUCAAAGAGGAAAAGGACCAGAUGGAAAAGACAAGAAGUGAGCUCCAAACAAAGACAGAACAUGUCAACAGUUUGUUGGAUGAGAUCAACAGGGAGAAAGCUACCCUCAAGGAGCUGUCCCUCCAGGUUCAAUCAGAACGACAAAGACUUGAUGCUGUGGUGAAGGAGAUUUUCUUGAAAGAAAAAGCGCUGGAUGAUCAGCUCAGGGAGGCCAGCAGACAGACCCAAGAGCUGCAAACCAUGAAGAACAAGGUGCUUGCAGAAAGAGAUGAACUCCAAACUCUGAGGAACAAUGUUGCCUGGAAGAACCAAGAGGCGGAAGCUGCCCAGAAAGCCAUCAAUGAAGAGAAAGAAGAGCUGAGCCAGAAGAAAUCUGACAUUGAUCAAGAAAUACAAAAGCUUCUGAAUGACAGAGACCAACUGGAAGAACAAGGAGCUGAGCUCCAGAGGAGAGAGAAUCAAGUCAGGAAUGAAAUGCAGUCAGUCCAGACGAUGAUAUUGACACUACAGCGUCUGGGCAAGAAGACAUUGGAGGAUGUGAAGAAGAAAAUGGACAAUUUGAACCAGGACAUGGACAAAACUUUACGUUUGCAGAAUGAAUUGGAACAACAGAUCGCAGAUGCUGAUGGCAAGAAAAUACUUGUGGAGAACUACAAUGAAAUCAUAAAGAGCCUCUGGGAAGAUUUGGCAAAUGUCUCCUCAAGGAUUUUGACCGAAGGAGACGAUGCAACCAGUCAAAGGACACAACAGGUUGACUUGGAAAAGCAAGAUCUAGAGAUGCAAAGAGUACAGCUUGAACAAGACAGACUAAAUCUGGAUCAAAUGGCUGACAGGAUGAAGAAAGACAAACAGGACAUGGAGGUACUGAUGGAUGACAUCCACAAGCAAACUGUCUUGAUGGAACAAGAGAAAGAAGAGAUCAAAGAGGAAAAGGACCAGAUGGAAAAGACAAGAAGUGAGCUCCAAACAAAGACAGAACAUGUCAACAGUUUGUUGGAUGAGAUCAACAGGGAGAAAGCUACCCUCAAGGAGCUGUCCCUCCAGGUUCAAUCAGAACGACAAAGACUUGAUGCUGUGGUGAAGGAGAUUUUCUUGAAAGAAAAAGCGCUGGAUGAUCAGCUCAGGGAGGCCAGCAGACAGACCCAAGAGCUGCAAACCAUGAAGAACAAGGUGCUUGCAGAAAGAGAUGAACUCCAAACUCUGAGGAACAAUGUUGCCUGGAAGAACCAAGAGGCGGAAGCUGCCCAGAAAGCCAUCAAUGAAGAGAAAGAAGAGCUGAGCCAGAAGAAAUCUGACAUUGAUCAAGAAAUACAAAAGCUUCUGAAUGACAGAGACCAACUGGAAGAACAAGGAGCUGAGCUCCAGAGGAGAGAGAAUCAAGUCAGGAAUGAAAUGCAGUCAGUCCAGACGAUGAUAUUGACACUUCAGCGUCUGGGCAAGAAGACAUUGGAGGAUGUGAAGAAGAAAAUGGACAAUUUGAACCAGGACAUGGACAAAACUUUACGUUUGCAGAAUGAAUUGGAACAACAGAUCGCAGAUGCUGAUGGCAAGAAAAUACUUGUGGAGAACUACAAUGAAAUCAUAAAGAGCCUCUGGGAAGAUUUGGCAAAUGUCUCCUCAAGGAUUUUGACCGAAGGAGACGAUGCAACCAGUCAAAGGACACAACAGGUUGACUUGGAAAAGCAAGAUCUAGAGAUGCAAAGAGUACAGCUUGAACAAGACAGACUAAAUCUGGAUCAAAUGGCUGACAGGAUGAAGAAAGACAAACAGGACAUGGAGGUACUGAUGGAUGACAUCCACAAGCAAACUGUCUUGAUGGAACAAGAGAAAGAAGAGAUCAAAGAGGAAAAGGACCAGAUGGAAAAGACAAGAAGUGAGCUCCAAACAAAGACAGAACAUGUCAACAGUUUGUUGGAUGAGAUCAACAGGGAGAAAGCUACCCUCAAGGAGCUGUCCCUCCAGGUUCAAUCAGAACGACAAAGACUUGAUGCUGUGGUGAAGGAGAUUUUCUUGAAAGAAAAAGCGCUGGAUGAUCAGCUCAGGGAGGCCAGCAGACAGACCCAAGAGCUGCAAACCAUGAAGAACAAGGUGCUUGCAGAAAGAGAUGAACUCCAAACUCUGAGGAACAAUGUUGCCUGGAAGAACCAAGAGGCGGAAGCUGCCCAGAAAGCCAUCAAUGAAGAGAAAGAAGAGCUGAGCCAGAAGAAAUCUGACAUUGAUCAAGAAAUACAAAAGCUUCGGAAUGACAGAGACCAACUGGAAGAACAAGGAGCUGAGCUCCAGAGGAGAGAGAAUCAAGUCAGGAAUGAAAUGCAGUCAGUCCAGACGAUGAUAUUGACACUACAGCGUCUGGGCAAGAAGACAUUGGAGGAUGUGAAGAAGAAAAUGGACAAUUUGAACCAGGACAUGGACAAAACUUUACGUUUGCAGAAUGAAUUGGAACAACAGAUCGCAGAUGCUGAUGGCAAGAAAAUACUUGUGGAGAACUACAAUGCAAUCAUAAAGAGCCUCUGGGAAGAUUUGGCAAAUGUCUCCUCAAGGAUUUUGACCGAAGGAGACGAUGCAACCAGUCAAAGGACACAACAGGUUGACUUGGAAAAGCAAGAUCUAGAGAUGCAAAGAGUACAGCUUGAACAAGACAGACUAAAUCUGGAUCAAAUGGCUGACAGGAUGAAGAAAGACAAACAGGACAUGGAGGUACUGAUGGAUGACAUCCACAAGCAAACUGUCUUGAUGGAACAAGAGAAAGAAGAGAUCAAAGAGGAAAAGGACCAGAUGGAAAAGACAAGAAGUGAGCUCCAAACAAAGACAGAACAUGUCAACAGUUUGUUGGAUGAGAUCAACAGGGAGAAAGCUACCCUCAAGGAGCUGUCCCUCCAGGUUCAAUCAGAACGACAAAGACUUGAUGCUGUGGUGAAGGAGAUUUUCUUGAAAGAAAAAGCGCUGGAUGAUCAGCUCAGGGAGGCCAGCAGACAGACCCAAGAGCUGCAAACCAUGAAGAACAAGGUGCUUGCAGAAAGAGAUGAACUCCAAACUCUGAGGAACAAUGUUGCCUGGAAGAACCAAGAGGCGGAAGCUGCCCAGAAAGCCAUCAAUGAAGAGAAAGAAGAGCUGAGCCAGAAGAAAUCUGACAUUGAUCAAGAAAUACAAAAGCUUCUGAAUGACAGAGACCAACUGGAAGAACAAGGAGCUGAGCUCCAGAGGAGAGAGAAUCAAGUCAGGAAUGAAAUGCAGUCAGUCCAGACGAUGAUAUUGACACUUCAGCGUCUGGGCAAGAAGACAUUGGAGGAUGUGAAGAAGAAAAUGGACAAUUUGAACCAGGACAUGGACAAAACUUUACGUUUGCAGAAUGAAUUGGAACAACAGAUCGCAGAUGCUGAUGGCAAGAAAAUACUUGUGGAGAACUACAAUGAAAUCAUAAAGAGCCUCUGGGAAGAUUUGGCAAAUGUCUCCUCAAGGAUUUUGACCGAAGGAGACGAUGCAACCAGUCAAAGGACACAACAGGUUGACUUGGAAAAGCAAGAUCUAGAGAUGCAAAGAGUACAGCUUGAACAAGACAGACUAAAUCUGGAUCAAAUGGCUGACAGGAUGAAGAAAGACAAACAGGACAUGGAGGUACUGAUGGAUGACAUCCACAAGCAAACUGUCUUGAUGGAACAAGAGAAAGAAGAGAUCAAAGAGGAAAAGGACCAGAUGGAAAAGACAAGAAGUGAGCUCCAAACAAAGACAGAACAUGUCAACAGUUUGUUGGAUGAGAUCAACAGGGAGAAAGCUACCCUCAAGGAGCUGUCCCUCCAGGUUCAAUCAGAACGACAAAGACUUGAUGCUGUGGUGAAGGAGAUUUUCUUGAAAGAAAAAGCGCUGGAUGAUCAGCUCAGGGAGGCCAGCAGACAGACCCAAGAGCUGCAAACCAUGAAGAACAAGGUGCUUGCAGAAAGAGAUGAACUCCAAACUCUGAGGAACAAUGUUGCCUGGAAGAACCAAGAGGCGGAAGCUGCCCAGAAAGCCAUCAAUGAAGAGAAAGAAGAGCUGAGCCAGAAGAAAUCUGACAUUGAUCAAGAAAUACAAAAGCUUCUGAAUGACAGAGACCAACUGGAAGAACAAGGAGCUGAGCUCCAGAGGAGAGAGAAUCAAGUCAGGAAUGAAAUGCAGUCAGUCCAGACGAUGAUAUUGACACUACAGCGUCUGGGCAAGAAGACAUUGGAGGAUGUGAAGAAGAAAAUGGACAAUUUGAACCAGGACAUGGACAAAACUUUACGUUUGCAGAAUGAAUUGGAACAACAGAUCGCAGAUGCUGAUGGCAAGAAAAUACUUGUGGAGAACUACAAUGAAAUCAUAAAGAGCCUCUGGGAAGAUUUGGCAAAUGUCUCCUCAAGGAUUUUGACCGAAGGAGACGAUGCAACCAGUCAAAGGACACAACAGGUUGACUUGGAAAAGCAAGAUCUAGAGAUGCAAAGAGUACAGCUUGAACAAGACAGACUAAAUCUGGAUCAAAUGGCUGACAGGAUGAAGAAAGACAAACAGGACAUGGAGGUACUGAUGGAUGACAUCCACAAGCAAACUGUCUUGAUGGAACAAGAGAAAGAAGAGAUCAAAGAGGAAAAGGACCAGAUGGAAAAGACAAGAAGUGAGCUCCAAACAAAGACAGAACAUGUCAACAGUUUGUUGGAUGAGAUCAACAGGGAGAAAGCUACCCUCAAGGAGCUGUCCCUCCAGGUUCAAUCAGAACGACAAAGACUUGAUGCUGUGGUGAAGGAGAUUUUCUUGAAAGAAAAAGCGCUGGAUGAUCAGCUCAGGGAGGCCAGCAGACAGACCCAAGAGCUGCAAACCAUGAAGAACAAGGUGCUUGCAGAAAGAGAUGAACUCCAAACUCUGAGGAACAAUGUUGCCUGGAAGAACCAAGAGGCGGAAGCUGCCCAGAAAGCCAUCAAUGAAGAGAAAGAAGAGCUGAGCCAGAAGAAAUCUGACAUUGAUCAAGAAAUACAAAAGCUUCUGAAUGACAGAGACCAACUGGAAGAACAAGGAGCUGAGCUCCAGAGGAGAGAGAAUCAAGUCAGGAAUGAAAUGCAGUCAGUCCAGACGAUGAUAUUGACACUACAGCGUCUGGGCAAGAAGACAUUGGAGGAUGUGAAGAAGAAAAUGGACAAUUUGAACCAGGACAUGGACAAAACUUUACGUUUGCAGAAUGAAUUGGAACAACAGAUCGCAGAUGCUGAUGGCAAGAAAAUACUUGUGGAGAACUACAAUGCAAUCAUAAAGAGCCUCUGGGAAGAUUUGGCAAAUGUCUCCUCAAGGAUUUUGACCGAAGGAGACGAUGCAACCAGUCAAAGGACACAACAGGUUGACUUGGAAAAGCAAGAUCUAGAGAUGCAAAGAGUACAGCUUGAACAAGACAGACUAAAUCUGGAUCAAAUGGCUGACAGGAUGAAGAAAGACAAACAGGACAUGGAGGUACUGAUGGAUGACAUCCACAAGCAAACUGUCUUGAUGGAACAAGAGAAAGAAGAGAUCAAAGAGGAAAAGGACCAGAUGGAAAAGACAAGAAGUGAGCUCCAAACAAAGACAGAACAUGUCAACAGUUUGUUGGAUGAGAUCAACAGGGAGAAAGCUACCCUCAAGGAGCUGUCCCUCCAGGUUCAAUCAGAACGACAAAGACUUGAUGCUGUGGUGAAGGAGAUUUUCUUGAAAGAAAAAGCGCUGGAUGAUCAGCUCAGGGAGGCCAGCAGACAGACCCAAGAGCUGCAAACCAUGAAGAACAAGGUGCUUGCAGAAAGAGAUGAACUCCAAACUCUGAGGAACAAUGUUGCCUGGAAGAACCAAGAGGCGGAAGCUGCCCAGAAAGCCAUCAAUGAAGAGAAAGAAGAGCUGAGCCAGAAGAAAUCUGACAUUGAUCAAGAAAUACAAAAGCUUCUGAAUGACAGAGACCAACUGGAAGAACAAGGAGCUGAGCUCCAGAGGAGAGAGAAUCAAGUCAGGAAUGAAAUGCAGUCAGUCCAGACGAUGAUAUUGACACUUCAGCGUCUGGGCAAGAAGACAUUGGAGGAUGUGAAGAAGAAAAUGGACAAUUUGAACCAGGACAUGGACAAAACUUUACGUUUGCAGAAUGAAUUGGAACAACAGAUCGCAGAUGCUGAUGGCAAGAAAAUACUUGUGGAGAACUACAAUGAAAUCAUAAAGAGCCUCUGGGAAGAUUUGGCAAAUGUCUCCUCAAGGAUUUUGACCGAAGGAGACGAUGCAACCAGUCAAAGGACACAACAGGUUGACUUGGAAAAGCAAGAUCUAGAGAUGCAAAGAGUACAGCUUGAACAAGACAGACUAAAUCUGGAUCAAAUGGCUGACAGGAUGAAGAAAGACAAACAGGACAUGGAGGUACUGAUGGAUGACAUCCACAAGCAAACUGUCUUGAUGGAACAAGAGAAAGAAGAGAUAAAAGAGGAAAAGGACCAGAUGGAAAAGACAAGAAGUGAGCUCCAAACAAAGACAGAACAUGUCAACAGUUUGUUGGAUGAGAUCAACAGGGAGAAAGCUACCCUCAAGGAGCUGUCCCUCCAGGUUCAAUCAGAACGACAAAGACUUGAUGCUGUGGUGAAGGAGAUUUUCUUGAAAGAAAAAGCGCUGGAUGAUCAGCUCAGGGAGGCCAGCAGACAGACCCAAGAGCUGCAAACCAUGACGAACAAGGUGCUUGCAGAAAGAGAUGAACUCCAAACUCUGAGGAACAAUGUUGCCUGGAAGAACCAAGAGGCGGAAGCUGCCCAGAAAGCCAUCAAUGAAGAGAAAGAAGAGCUGAGCCAGAAGAAAUCUGACAUUGAUCAAGAAAUACAAAAGCUUCUGAAUGACAGAGACCAACUGGAAGAACAAGGAGCUGAGCUCCAGAGGAGAGAGAAUCAAGUCAGGAAUGAAAUGCAGUCAGUCCAGACGAUGAUAUUGACACUUCAGCGUCUGGGCAAGAAGACAUUGGAGGAUGUGAAGAAGAAAAUGGACAAUUUGAACCAGGACAUGGACAAAACUUUACGUUUGCAGAAUGAAUUGGAACAACAGAUCGCAGAUGCUGAUGGCAAGAAAAUACUUGUGGAGAACUACAAUGAAAUCAUAAAGAGCCUCUGGGAAGAUUUGGCAAAUGUCUCCUCAAGGAUUUUGACCGAAGGAGACGAUGCAACCAGUCAAAGGACACAACAGGUUGACUUGGAAAAGCAAGAUCUAGAGAUGCAAAGAGUACAGCUUGAACAAGACAGACUAAAUCUGGAUCAAAUGGCUGACAGGAUGAAGAAAGACAAACAGGACAUGGAGGUACUGAUGGAUGACAUCCACAAGCAAACUGUCUUGAUGGAACAAGAGAAAGAAGAGAUCAAAGAGGAAAAGGACCAGAUGGAAAAGACAAGAAGUGAGCUCCAAACAAAGACAGAACAUGUCAACAGUUUGUUGGAUGAGAUCAACAGGGAGAAAGCUACCCUCAAGGAGCUGUCCCUCCAGGUUCAAUCAGAACGACAAAGACUUGAUGCUGUGGUGAAGGAGAUUUUCUUGAAAGAAAAAGCGCUGGAUGAUCAGCUCAGGGAGGCCAGCAGACAGACCCAAGAGCUGCAAACCAUGAAGAACAAGGUGCUUGCAGAAAGAGAUGAACUCCAAACUCUGAGGAACAAUGUUGCCUGGAAGAACCAAGAGGCGGAAGCUGCCCAGAAAGCCAUCAAUGAAGAGAAAGAAGAGCUGAGCCAGAAGAAAUCUGACAUUGAUCAAGAAAUACAAAAGCUUCUGAAUGACAGAGACCAACUGGAAGAACAAGGAGCUGAGCUCCAGAGGAGAGAGAAUCAAGUCAGGAAUGAAAUGCAGUCAGUCCAGACGAUGAUAUUGACACUUCAGCGUCUGGGCAAGAAGACAUUGGAGGAUGUGAAGAAGAAAAUGGACAAUUUGAACCAGGACAUGGACAAAACUUUACGUUUGCAGAAUGAAUUGGAACAACAGAUCGCAGAUGCUGAUGGCAAGAAAAUACUUGUGGAGAACUACAAUGAAAUCAUAAAGAGCCUCUGGGAAGAUUUGGCAAAUGUCUCCUCAAGGAUUUUGACCGAAGGAGACGAUGCAACCAGUCAAAGGACACAACAGGUUGACUUGGAAAAGCAAGAUCUAGAGAUGCAAAGAGUACAGCUUGAACAAGACAGACUAAAUCUGGAUCAAAUGGCUGACAGGAUGAAGAAAGACAAACAGGACAUGGAGGUACUGAUGGAUGACAUCCACAAGCAAACUGUCUUGAUGGAACAAGAGAAAGAAGAGAUCAAAGAGGAAAAGGACCAGAUGGAAAAGACAAGAAGUGAGCUCCAAACAAAGACAGAACAUGUCAACAGUUUGUUGGAUGAGAUCAACAGGGAGAAAGCUACCCUCAAGGAGCUGUCCCUCCAGGUUCAAUCAGAACGACAAAGACUUGAUGCUGUGGUGAAGGAGAUUUUCUUGAAAGAAAAAGCGCUGGAUGAUCAGCUCAGGGAGGCCAGCAGACAGACCCAAGAGCUGCAAACCAUGAAGAACAAGGUGCUUGCAGAAAGAGAUGAACUCCAAACUCUGAGGAACAAUGUUGCCUGGAAGAACCAAGAGGCGGAAGCUGCCCAGAAAGCCAUCAAUGAAGAGAAAGAAGAGCUGAGCCAGAAGAAAUCUGACAUUGAUCAAGAAAUACAAAAGCUUCUGAAUGACAGAGACCAACUGGAAGAACAAGGAGCUGAGCUCCAGAGGAGAGAGAAUCAAGUCAGGAAUGAAAUGCAGUCAGUCCAGACGAUGAUAUUGACACUUCAGCGUCUGGGCAAGAAGACAUUGGAGGAUGUGAAGAAGAAAAUGGACAAUUUGAACCAGGACAUGGACAAAACUUUACGUUUGCAGAAUGAAUUGGAACAACAGAUCGCAGAUGCUGAUGGCAAGAAAAUACUUGUGGAGAACUACAAUGAAAUCAUAAAGAGCCUCUGGGAAGAUUUGGCAAAUGUCUCCUCAAGGAUUUUGACCGAAGGAGACGAUGCAACCAGUCAAAGGACACAACAGGUUGACUUGGAAAAGCAAGAUCUAGAGAUGCAAAGAGUACAGCUUGAACAAGACAGACUAAAUCUGGAUCAAAUGGCUGACAGGAUGAAGAAAGACAAACAGGACAUGGAGGUACUGAUGGAUGACAUCCACAAGCAAACUGUCUUGAUGGAACAAGAGAAAGAAGAGAUCAAAGAGGAAAAGGACCAGAUGGAAAAGACAAGAAGUGAGCUCCAAACAAAGACAGAACAUGUCAACAGUUUGUUGGAUGAGAUCAACAGGGAGAAAGCUACCCUCAAGGAGCUGUCCCUCCAGGUUCAAUCAGAACGACAAAGACUUGAUGCUGUGGUGAAGGAGAUUUUCUUGAAAGAAAAAGCGCUGGAUGAUCAGCUCAGGGAGGCCAGCAGACAGACCCAAGAGCUGCAAACCAUGAAGAACAAGGUGCUUGCAGAAAGAGAUGAACUCCAAACUCUGAGGAACAAUGUUGCCUGGAAGAACCAAGAGGCGGAAGCUGCCCAGAAAGCCAUCAAUGAAGAGAAAGAAGAGCUGAGCCAGAAGAAAUCUGACAUUGAUCAAGAAAUACAAAAGCUUCUGAAUGACAGAGACCAACUGGAAGAACAAGGAGCUGAGCUCCAGAGGAGAGAGAAUCAAGUCAGGAAUGAAAUGCAGUCAGUCCAGACGAUGAUAUUGACACUACAGCGUCUGGGCAAGAAGACAUUGGAGGAUGUGAAGAAGAAAAUGGACAAUUUGAACCAGGACAUGGACAAAACUUUACGUUUGCAGAAUGAAUUGGAACAACAGAUCGCAGAUGCUGAUGGCAAGAAAAUACUUGUGGAGAACUACAAUGCAAUCAUAAAGAGCCUCUGGGAAGAUUUGGCAAAUGUCUCCUCAAGGAUUUUGACCGAAGGAGACGAUGCAACCAGUCAAAGGACACAACAGGUUGACUUGGAAAAGCAAGAUCUAGAGAUGCAAAGAGUACAGCUUGAACAAGACAGACUAAAUCUGGAUCAAAUGGCUGACAGGAUGAAGAAAGACAAACAGGACAUGGAGGUACUGAUGGAUGACAUCCACAAGCAAACUGUCUUGAUGGAACAAGAGAAAGAAGAGAUCAAAGAGGAAAAGGACCAGAUGGAAAAGACAAGAAGUGAGCUCCAAACAAAGACAGAACAUGUCAACAGUUUGUUGGAUGAGAUCAACAGGGAGAAAGCUACCCUCAAGGAGCUGUCCCUCCAGGUUCAAUCAGAACGACAAAGACUUGAUGCUGUGGUGAAGGAGAUUUUCUUGAAAGAAAAAGCGCUGGAUGAUCAGCUCAGGGAGGCCAGCAGACAGACCCAAGAGCUGCAAACCAUGAAGAACAAGGUGCUUGCAGAAAGAGAUGAACUCCAAACUCUGAGGAACAAUGUUGCCUGGAAGAACCAAGAGGCGGAAGCUGCCCAGAAAGCCAUCAAUGAAGAGAAAGAAGAGCUGAGCCAGAAGAAAUCUGACAUUGAUCAAGAAAUACAAAAGCUUCUGAAUGACAGAGACCAACUGGAAGAACAAGGAGCUGAGCUCCAGAGGAGAGAGAAUCAAGUCAGGAAUGAAAUGCAGUCAGUCCAGACGAUGAUAUUGACACUUCAGCGUCUGGGCAAGAAGACAUUGGAGGAUGUGAAGAAGAAAAUGGACAAUUUGAACCAGGACAUGGACAAAACUUUACGUUUGCAGAAUGAAUUGGAACAACAGAUCGCAGAUGCUGAUGGCAAGAAAAUACUUGUGGAGAACUACAAUGAAAUCAUAAAGAGCCUCUGGGAAGAUUUGGCAAAUGUCUCCUCAAGGAUUUUGACCGAAGGAGACGAUGCAACCAGUCAAAGGACACAACAGGUUGACUUGGAAAAGCAAGAUCUAGAGAUGCAAAGAGUACAGCUUGAACAAGACAGACUAAAUCUGGAUCAAAUGGCUGACAGGAUGAAGAAAGACAAACAGGACAUGGAGGUACUGAUGGAUGACAUCCACAAGCAAACUGUCUUGAUGGAACAAGAAAAAGAAGAGAUCAAAGAGGAAAAGGACCAGAUGGAAAAGACAAGAAGUGAGCUCCAAACAAAGACAGAACAUGUCAACAGUUUGUUGGAUGAGAUCAACAGGGAGAAAGCUACCCUCAAGGAGCUGUCCCUCCAGGUUCAAUCAGAACGACAAAGACUUGAUGCUGUGGUGAAGGAGAUUUUCUUGAAAGAAAAAGCGCUGGAUGAUCAGCUCAGGGAGGCCAGCAGACAGACCCAAGAGCUGCAAACCAUGAAGAACAAGGUGCUUGCAGAAAGAGAUGAACUCCAAACUCUGAGGAACAAUGUUGCCUGGAAGAACCAAGAGGCGGAAGCUGCCCAGAAAGCCAUCAAUGAAGAGAAAGAAGAGCUGAGCCAGAAGAAAUCUGACAUUGAUCAAGAAAUACAAAAGCUUCUGAAUGACAGAGACCAACUGGAAGAACAAGGAGCUGAGCUCCAGAGGAGAGAGAAUCAAGUCAGGAAUGAAAUGCAGUCAGUCCAGACGAUGAUAUUGACACUACAGCGUCUGGGCAAGAAGACAUUGGAGGAUGUGAAGAAGAAAAUGGACAAUUUGAACCAGGACAUGGACAAAACUUUACGUUUGCAGAAUGAAUUGGAACAACAGAUCGCAGAUGCUGAUGGCAAGAAAAUACUUGUGGAGAACUACAAUGCAAUCAUAAAGAGCCUCUGGGAAGAUUUGGCAAAUGUCUCCUCAAGGAUUUUGACCGAAGGAGACGAUGCAACCAGUCAAAGGACACAACAGGUUGACUUGGAAAAGCAAGAUCUAGAGAUGCAAAGAGUACAGCUUGAACAAGACAGACUAAAUCUGGAUCAAAUGGCUGACAGGAUGAAGAAAGACAAACAGGACAUGGAGGUACUGAUGGAUGACAUCCACAAGCAAACUGUCUUGAUGGAACAAGAGAAAGAAGAGAUCAAAGAGGAAAAGGACCAGAUGGAAAAGACAAGAAGUGAGCUCCAAACAAAGACAGAACAUGUCAACAGUUUGUUGGAUGAGAUCAACAGGGAGAAAGCUACCCUCAAGGAGCUGUCCCUCCAGGUUCAAUCAGAACGACAAAGACUUGAUGCUGUGGUGAAGGAGAUUUUCUUGAAAGAAAAAGCGCUGGAUGAUCAGCUCAGGGAGGCCAGCAGACAGACCCAAGAGCUGCAAACCAUGAAGAACAAGGUGCUUGCAGAAAGAGAUGAACUCCAAACUCUGAGGAACAAUGUUGCCUGGAAGAACCAAGAGGCGGAAGCUGCCCAGAAAGCCAUCAAUGAAGAGAAAGAAGAGCUGAGCCAGAAGAAAUCUGACAUUGAUCAAGAAAUACAAAAGCUUCUGAAUGACAGAGACCAACUGGAAGAACAAGGAGCUGAGCUCCAGAGGAGAGAGAAUCAAGUCAGGAAUGAAAUGCAGUCAGUCCAGACGAUGAUAUUGACACUUCAGCGUCUGGGCAAGAAGACAUUGGAGGAUGUGAAGAAGAAAAUGGACAAUUUGAACCAGGACAUGGACAAAACUUUACGUUUGCAGAAUGAAUUGGAACAACAGAUCGCAGAUGCUGAUGGCAAGAAAAUACUUGUGGAGAACUACAAUGAAAUCAUAAAGAGCCUCUGGGAAGAUUUGGCAAAUGUCUCCUCAAGGAUUUUGACCGAAGGAGACGAUGCAACCAGUCAAAGGACACAACAGGUUGACUUGGAAAAGCAAGAUCUAGAGAUGCAAAGAGUACAGCUUGAACAAGACAGACUAAAUCUGGAUCAAAUGGCUGACAGGAUGAAAAAAGACAAACAGGACAUGGAGGUACUGAUGGAUGACAUCCACAAGGUCAUCCUUGUUGAGGAAAACAAUGAGUCUCAAAAUCUAGUAACAAUGGAUGUUGAAAAUGACAACGCUCCUGAUGAUGAGCGCAAAGUUUUGUACUCCAAAACUGGGAGGAUGGAAAUACAGCCCCAUCCCUUAACACCUACACAUGACCUGCAGCCAACUAUGAUAAACUUCCUUGGUUGUUUUACAUCUAAUGUGAAACAGUUACAUCAAAAAAUAAAUCAAAUCCUCAAUGUAAGUGAGGACAUUGUCAAAGAGAGAAGUGAAUCAAUGUCUCACCUAAUGUCAAGGUUUGCGUCAGUGCUCAAUCUAAUGGAAAAGCUAACAUUUGAAAUAAAUUGUUGUCAUGAUGUCAUCAAACAACAAAAGAGUGAUAUGGAGAGAAGACAAUGUGACAAAGCCAUACAGACUGAUGUUGUGGUGACAGACUUGUUUCCCAGUCCAGGUGUUGAGAAACACAGUUCAGAUCGUCUGGAACGCAAGCUUCAGUUUUUUGAUCGUCAACAGCAGAGUCUUCUUUUGGCAUCAGAAAAUAAAAAAUUGGAAGAUGCACUGAAAUUUCAAGCAUCCCAGACAUCAGCAGAAGAUGAAGCUUCAGAUCAAGACAUGUCGAAGAGGCAUCUCUUACGCAAAAUGUGGAAGAACACCAACAUGGAGCGACAGGAGAUCAACCAGAUGAAGAGCAGAGGCCUGGAAAUGAGAAACAACUUGGAGGAACGACUGAAGGUGAUCAAUCAUUCUGUUCGGAGAACCUUGUUACAUAAAGAAAAUACAGUCGGGGGAAAAUCAAGCCUGGACCAAAUUCCACACAAAGACAUAGAACAAGGUCACAAGCAACCCAGUGAAAAAUACAGUGAGCUCCAGCAGCUCAAACUCAUUUUGCUCAGUGACAUCGAGAAACUCCACAUCAGGGAAAAACUGUCUCGGACAAUAACAACAUGCGACCAAGCUAAUCAAACUGUGCUGGGUGAUAUCAGCAUGACAAGUACAAGAGCAGAGCAAGCCCAGAGCUUGACCUCUGACCCCAUCAGCAGAGAGGAGAUCAGGGCAGAAGACAGUGCUGAAGGGACAGCUGCUGGUUUCCUCUGUCAGCUCUGCAAUUACUGCUGCUCUACCUGCUGCAAGCAACGACACCUGAAGAAGUGACGCCUGGCGUUUUGGCUGUUUCCACUCUCAUGCCCACAUUUAACUUCAACUCGUACAACUGUGAUGUUUUUGUGUCCUGGAAGUUCUCCAGAAGACUUAUUUCCUCCAGUUCACCCUCAGCCUGACACAAACUGAUGCUUUUGAAUUCCAACUCUUCUUCUGACCGGCACGCAGCAUGAAGGGCUUGUAAUUUGACAGCAGCCUCAUCAUCAGGCCAGGAGCUUUGAUAACUGUUCUGAUGAACUGUGAUGUUUGGGACAAAUAUUAGACAGAAUAUACAAAAAUUUUUGUUUUUCCUAAACUCUAACUGCUUGUGAAUAUUUUCAGCUUGCCUAGUCUAUAUCCCACCAUGAUUUAUUUUUAGUUUACAGUUGAAUUUUCAUAUUUGAAGUAAUAACCUCCUUUGUGUUCAUUAUAUAUACGUUUCAGAACAAACUCUGCCAAGCUCUUUAUCUGUAUUGUUGCUGACUGACUAAUUAUGAGCUAGUUUUGAAGUAUAUUACUUGUUAAUUUUAGUUUUUGCAGAAGCAGAUUAGAAAUUGUGUGCAAAAAAUAGAAGAGUCCAUGCAAUUCAAUGCUUGAUGUGAAAAAGAUCAAAUUCCUUGUUGAAUAAAACUUUCUUCAAUUAAAAAUAAAAAUAAUAAACCAA